AUGUCGUACUCCUCCUACACAGACGCCCGAUUAUUCCACACCUCCUCUUCUAAACCACGCAAAUCGCUCCGCUCACCGCAACGCAACAUAGCCUUUCGAAACCAAUAUAUCGCCGAGACCAAAACGGCUCUGGUGCUCAAACCGUUUGGCAGCCCCCACUCCGCAGUCGCAUAUAAAAUCACCGAGGAUGACGGCACCCCGACAUUCACGGUGAGCGGUCGCAAAUACGGCGACCGCUCGUGUCGCGAGUUCCGCGAUGCCUCGGGUCUCCCGUUAUUCGAGCUGCAUCGCAAAUGGGGCUGGACGAUAUCGUGGUCGGUCAGUUUGCCCGGAUGCGACACCGCGACGAUAGCACGGGGCACGCCGCGGGUCGGCGGGUUUGGCAGCUCGGCUGGGAAUCUCAGUCUGGAUUUUGAGAAUGCCGCGGCGUUUGAGUUGAAGUCGGUCGAGGAGAAGAUGCUGACGUUGCGGGUUGAGCGGCAUGGGAAUGCGCUGGCGGCGUUCGAUGUCGUGGAUGGCGAUCGGAAGGUUGCUGAGAUUAAAGAGAGUAUUCAGCAUAAUGAGAAAUUGGCUUUGAUUUCGAGGCAGGGCUGGCGGCCGGCGCUAGAUGUGAUCGUAAUGCCUGGUGUGGAUAUCUCGUUGGUUGCGACUAUUGCUGUUAUUGUCUCCGACUGGGUGUUUGGGUCCAAGUGA